AACUCCAUGUUGCAUCUCCAUGACAACAAGUAAAUAAUUUUCAUGAGUUAUGGCGGCCGUCAAACCAACAUCAAUCAGGGAAGCUAUUGCUAGAUGGGAAAAGGAAAAUGAAGGUCAAAAAGCUGUAGAAACCAAAGUUUUAAAUUUCUCAUUCCAAGUUCCUUUCAUUGAGAAGAUUGAUCCAACAGUGACCACAUUAGCUGCUUGCGAGCAUUUGUCAUUGUCUACAAAUAAUAUUGAAAAAAUUGCAAAUUUGAAUGGGCUCAAAAAUUUGAAAAUACUUUCUUUGGGUAGAAACAAAAUCAAAGUUCUAACUGGUUUGGAUGCUGUUGGAGAAACACUUGAACAGCUGUGGAUUUCUUACAACUUAGUAGAAAAACUGAAAGGUAUCAAUGUUCUGAAGAAUCUACGGGCUGAUCUACCUCUUCUUGAAGAUCUUGUAUUUGUAGGAAAUCCUAUUGAAGAACACCAUUCAGCUGCAGGAGACUGGAGAGAUUUGGUGGCCAAGAAACUACCAAAACUUAAGAAACUUGAUGGGGUCCCUAUUAUUCGAAUGGAAGAAGAAGAAUGAAAACAGACAAUGUUCAUUACUUCACAAAAGUGGUUAUACAAGUGCAUUUUUCAUUUCCCAUCUUUUUUUUUUUUCAAUUUUUUCUUUUUCUUAUAAUUUCUAUGAAAUUAAAAUACAAAGACAGUAUUGGUAAAAAGAAUGUAACACCAUAGUUACCUUUUGACCUAAUAUAUAUAUGUAUUUGUAUAUGUGUACAUGUGUAUGUGUGUGUGUGUGUGUGCUCACACACACACACACACAUAACACAUACACACACACACAGAUAUAAACAUUCCCAUGCAUACACAUGAAUUUACCAAUGAGAGGAAAAGUACUCAACACAUAUGGUAAAGUUUAUAUCCAAGGCUAAGAAUUCUCUUUACUGCAUCUCUGAGUUUCAUGUCCAUUCUUUUUACUGAGGUACUCAGAGAAGUGUCAAAUGAAAAGCUCAGCUUUGAACAAAUAAAUGCUCACCUCUAUGUGUGAAUGAAUAACUUAUAAAUAUUCAAGUUAAUAUUUCUUUUUCUCUUCCAAAGCUACUUAAAACUCUCUUUGAUCUUACUUGAUUUUUUUCUAAAUAUAACAUUCAUUUUGUCUCUUUGGGUAUAUGACUGUCUUGCUCUACUGAGACACAGUAACAUAUCUUGAAGACUUUGUCUUCAUGCUAAGUACCCAAGUAUAACAGUUAAUAUAUACCUGAUACUACAACUUAUCAAAGCAUGCAUCACCUAUACAAUGCCCCUUAUACUCUUAGGAACACAAGUAUUGGAAGAUGGGUUAUUGAAUUUAUGGAUCUGAGUCACAGACACAAUACAGAGCCACAGAUGAGAAACAAACUGUGCACCCAUAUUGGUUUCAAAUGUUGGCACAAGGCCAACAGCUUUAAGGAGUGGAUAAUUCAAUUACAUCAACCCCAGUGUUCAACUGAUACCUAUUUUAUCAACCCUGAAGAGAUGAAAGGUGAAGUCAACCUCGGCGAAAUUUGAACUCAGAAUGUAAACACAAAUGAAAUGCUGCAGAGCAUUUUGCACUGCAUGCUAACAAUUCUGCCAGCUUGCUGCUUUGACUGUGCACCCAUAUUAAAAAGCUAUUUGUGAAGUUGAAAAUAAGCAAAGCUAAUCUUUUCAUGAUCUACUGAGGUCAGCUUAGCUAACACUUAAUUCUGGUUUCUAUAGCAUUAACCAGAUAAAAGAAAAAAUCUCCUUUCCUCUUGAUUAGAAUAUCAUAGAUAACUAACACUCUUCAGUUUGACAAUGCUACCACUACUUAUAUCAGUGAAUUACACCUGUUUUGUGGUACCAGGUGAAGUGGGCUAUCAACUCUUUAGCAUUUAAACCAGCCAUAUCCAGCCCAAAUAUUCUACCUGUUUUAUGUUCAAACCAGCCUGACCUGGACUCUCAUACCUAUUCUACAAUGUCAUUCUAAAAAUAUGCAAUGACAUCAUCAAAAUCUCAAAGUUACAGGAAAAUGCAUGAUUAAUUAAAAGCGGUGUGAUUAAAUACAUUUGAUAAAGUAAUCUGAAUGUUAAAGGGUCAAGAGCUAAAUGCUUUAAAUGCCUUCAUUAGAGAUGCAGUAAAAUAUUUGUGGCAGGAUAUAAACUCUAAACUCCUCGGUUCAUUGUCCCCUCAACCCAGGAAUAUGUAAUUCCUUCUUAAAUGUAUCUGACAUAAAUGUAAAAUAGAACCAGCCUAUUCUGUACUUCUGCCAAAGUGAUAUAUAUACAUGUGUGUGUGCGUGUGUGUGUGUGUGUGUGUGUGUGUGUAUUCGAAUAUGAAUGAAAAGCAGCCCAAGGGAUAUAAACCAUAUUGAAUACACAUACAAAACACCUAUGUUGUGUAUGUGUGUUUUAUAUUGUUUAUAUGUAUUUAUAUAAAUAUUAAUUAUAAUUAUAAACAUAUUUGUAUAAAUAUUAUAUUGAUAUAGA